CCAAUCGUCAGAAAACGUGACGACCUUGGACCUUCGAUCAUAUCGUAUCGUAGUACAUACAGUACCGCCCGGCCGCGGCAAACUGUUCUGCUGUCUUAUUUGCCGUUUUAUUCUGAAAGUCUUGAAUUUAAUUUGCAUUUUAUGCCUUCCAGACUCUCCCAUUUGUAAACCAUGAAGUAUGAAAUAGAUGCUGAUGGAGUCUCCCAUUACAUUUUGGGGGAGCUGUCUUACAAUGACUUUGACAAAUCAGGGAGAAUUUGCAUGUGGCAGCUGGCGAAACUGAUUCAAGGAGCCCGCCACCAAAGAUUCCGAAGUGUCACAAUGAACCUCAAGGGUCUGGGCACAACAUCUUUCAUACGUUCCCAGUUUCUUCAGAUUUAUCCAGCCUUUUACACAAGCAAACUCACACAGAACCGAGCUCUGGAUAUCACCAGCAGAUUGAGUCAUCUUGGGCGCACGUCAUAUUGUUUGGACACUGACAUGUAUGAUUUGAGCACAAAGACACUCCUAGCCUGUGGGAGUGUUCACGGCGUCUUUGUUUCACGGCAGACACGUCGCCCUUCUCCGGUGGCCUCCAUAGCUUGGCAGCACGCAAAAGUGAUAACCCCACGUGACCAGCGACCCAUUUCCGGACCUGAUUUUCCAGCACGACCCAUUGGCACCUUGUGCUUCACCCAGACCAGAACCGUCAUGUCCAGCGAUACCGAUGCCAACGAUCACCUCAAUCAGGCAAUGUUCAUCCGCUUCUGUUUCGACUGCGCAAGUUCAGCUGCCUUAAAUGGACACCUGCCCAGCUUCAGGAAAGACGUCAUCUACGCGGACGCCAAGACGGUGUGGUUCUUGUACAUUCGCGAGGCCAGGGUCGGUGAGGAAUUGUCGCUGUACUGCUGGGAAGACCGCAAUUUGAGUCGAACUCUUUGGGUCGAAAUGUGUCAAGAGUCGCAGGUCAUUGGCCAGUGCCAAAUACAAUUCUAUGAAGAUGGACUGACAAGGUCCACCUCUGAGCCUGAUGGAGGGCUGACCUUGGCAAAACUCUGACUCAUUAAACUUGUCUUAAAAGAUUUGGUUACUGGAAAUGCAGGCUUAAUGCACAAUGUAGCUGAACGUUGCCCAACUGCUGUUGGAGGAAUAAUAGUUGUCCAAUUGGCAGGUGAUAAAUAGUAAGGAAUUUGGAUAGCAAACCUUCUUAACUCACAAACAGAUAUCAAACUUUAAAUAAUAUAAAAAUUUAAAAAUAAAUGAGGUUAUUUCAGUCUGAAAUGUGCAGUAAUGUGCAUGCAAUAAAGGUGACUUGGGCUCAAAAGAAUUUAAGACUGGAAAUGGCUUACAAUUCGACAUUGCCCAACUGUGGUUUUCUAAGGUUGCCCACUUUGUAAAACUUGCAGGUGAUAAAUGUUCAGAAAUUUCUUAUCUUUUGAUUUGUUAUUCAGGGAAACUUUUCAUCCAAGUAAUAUUUUCUAACUAUUUUACUCCCUAAAAAUGGAUAUGAAUAUAUUUUUUAUGAACUGAUUUCUCAUAAUGGUUCUAUGUUUUGUGUUGCUACAUUUAUAGUUUGGCUUCCUUUAUGUAUAUAAUAGAGAGAGAAAGGAGGAGAGAGAUGUCAUUCGCAUAAAGUUUACCUCAGUUGAAACUGAAAUUAAUUUGUGAUUCAGUUACAAGAAGCGCAACCCAGUAUGGAAAUUUAUAUUAGUUUGCUGAAUAAAAAGGCAGUAAAAUGUACAAAUUUGA